AUGUAUACAGCAUCUUUCGCCUUCUUUGAGGCCUUGUGGGAGGUACGGAGAGCCAUCUCACCGCAAGCAAUGCACCGGGACUGAUAUUUCAAGCAGGCCGGCGUAACCCACUGCUUCGUCAAUCUCGGCUCCGACCACCCCUCCAUUAUCGAAGCGAUCGUCAAGGGCCAAAAUGAGAAACAAGGAGCGUUUCCUCGCAUCAUCACCUGCCCGAAUGAGAUGGUAGCUUUGUCAAUGGCAGACGGCUAUGCCCGCCUCACGAACAAGCCACAGGCAGUCGUCAUCCACGUCGAUGUUGGCACUCAAGGUCUAGGAGCUGCGGUUCAUAAUGCAAGUUGCGGAAGAGCACCGGUCUUGAUAUUUGCAGGGUUGAGCCCAUACACAAUAGAGGGAGAAUAUAGAGGAAGCAGAACAGAGUACAUCCAUUGGAUCCAGGACGUACCAGAUCAGAAGGCCAUUGUGAGCCAAUAUUGCCGGUAUACUGGCGAGAUCAAGCGAGGCAGGAAUGUGAAACAGCUGGUCAACAGAGCUUUGAGCUUUGCAACGAGCGAGCCAAGAGGACCUGUCUACCUUUGCGGCGCCCGAGAGGCAAUGGAGGAAGAAAUCGAGCCAUACCAGAUCGAACAGGCGCACUGGACCGCUGUCGAGCUUGGUGGGCUUACUAAGAAGCAAGUGCAGCUGGUAUCGGAAGCUCUGGUCGAUGCGAAAGAGCCGCUAGUCAUCACAGGCUACAGUGGACGGAAUCACGCAUGCGUUGAUGCUCUAGUCGACUUGGCAUCAACUGUCAAGGGGUUGAGAGUCCUCGACACUGGAGGAAGUGAUUUGAACUUCCCUGCAAACCAUCCUGCCUGGCUCGGACUACGAUACGGCGUGGAAGAGAGAAUCAAGACUGCGGACGUGAUCCUGGUACUUGAAUGUGAUGUGCCCUGGAUUCCAACUCAAUGCUCGCCAAAGAAAGACGCCAAAAUCUUCCACAUCGAUUGCGAUCCGCUGAAGCAACAAAUGCCAGUCUUCUACAUCAAUGCAGUCGCAAGAUACCGAGCUGAUGCGGAAACUUCAAUAUCUCAGAUCGCAGCUCACAUCAAAACCUCCUACCAGGACCAAAUUACCUCUCAGGACUUUGUCGAUCGCGGCCUUGCUCUAGAAAAGAGCUACAAAGAACGUCUCGAUGCAAUCACUUCACAGGCCAAGGUCAGCGACGAAGGCUACUUUGGCACGCCGUAUCUGAUCUCGCAGCUUCGCGCUGUCUGCCCACCAGACACCAUCUGGGCAGUCGAGGCGGUCACGAAUGCGCCAAAGGUCAACGAUGCUAUCCGGCCUACUAUACCCGGGAGCUGGAUCAACUGUGGUGGUGGCGGUCUCGGCUGGAGUGGAGGCGGUGCGCUUGGAGUAAAACUUGCAACAGACUACUCGGCGGGCGGGGCAAACAAAGGCAAAUUCGUGUGCCAGAUUGUUGGCGACGGGACGUACCUCUUCAGUGUGCCUGGCUCGGUUUAUUGGAUUGCACAAAAGUACGAUAUUCCGGUGCUGACGAUUGUGCUGAAUAACCAGGGCUGGAAUGCACCAAGAGCUAGUCUGCUGUUGGUCCAUCCCGAGGGUGAAGGUAGUAAGGUGUCGAACGAGGAGCUGAACAUUUCAUUCGCGCCCACACCAGACUAUGCAGGCAUCGCAAAGGCUGCUUCGGGUGGUAAGGCUUGGGCAGGACAUGCAGGGACGGCACAGGACUUGCAAGCAAAGUUAAAAGAAGCUGUUGAGGCGGUGAAGAGCGGAAGGUGUGCUGUGUUGGAUGCGCAUCUGGACGGACCGCAGGGCAAAUACCCCGGAGAGAAGGCUGCUUUGGUUGGGUGA